CGUGCUGGAUCAGCUGUUCUCUGCGGAUCUCGCUGCAGCGGGAUCUGCUCCGGUUCCUGCCCGGCAUCGGCGCUCCGUCCCCGGACACAUCAUAACGGAACCCCCCCCUGUUCCAGUGAUGCGGCGGCGGAACCAGGACCAGGACCAGGACCAGGACCAGGACCAGGACCAGGACCAGGACCAGGACCAGGACCAGGACCAGGACCAGGACCUGAAGCAGAGACCCGGUCCCGGGGAGGAGCCGGCCAUGAGGAAGCCGUUCCGGAGGUUGGGGCUGGUGGGGAAGCUGAAGAGGAUGAUGAUGGUGCUGCUGGCCGUCUACAUCUUCAUCCCCGUCCUGGUGAAACUCUGUCCCUCCAUCCAGGCCAAGCUGGUCUUCCUCAACUUUGUGAGGAUGCCGUACUUCAUCGACCUGAAGCGGCCGCUGGACCAGGGGUUGAACCACACACACAACUUUUACCUGGAACCAGAGACGGACCUGAGGAUCGGAGUCUGGCACACGGUUCCGGCCCAGUUGUGGCGGGAAGCUCAGGGGAAGGACGGUUCCUGGUACGAGACCUCACUGGGCUCUAGCUCCGCCCCCUCAGGCUCAGGCUCCGCCCACCCCGUCAUCCUCUAUCUCCACGGCAACGCCGGCACCAGGGGGGGCGACCACCGGGUCCAGCUGUACAAGGUCCUCAGUUCUGCAGGAUACCACGUGGUGACCUUCGACUACAGAGGAUGGGGGGAUUCCGACGGCUCCCCCUCAGAAGGAGGGAUGACAUCAGACGCUCUCUUCAUCUACGAUUGGUUGAAACGACGGACAGAAAAGAAUCAAAAGCUUUACGUCUGGGGACACUCGCUGGGGACGGGAGUCGCCACAAACCUGGUCAGACGGUUGUGUGAGAGAGGAAUUCCUCCAGACGCUCUGAUCCUGGAGUCUCCCUUCACCAACAUCAGGGAGGAGGCCCGGAGCCACCCCUUCUCCAUGGUGUACCGGUACCUGCCCGGCUUCGACUGGUUCUUCCUGGAUUCCAUCACGGCCAACAACAUCCACUUCGCCAGCGACGACAACGUGAACCACAUCUCCUGUCCGGUUCUGAUCCUCCACGCCGAGGACGACGGCGUCGUUCCCUUCCACCUGGGGAAAAAGCUCUACAACGUGGCGUCUCGGUCCCGGAGCCUCAGCGGCUUCAAGGUCCAGUUCGUCCCGUUUCCUCCGGCGCUCGGAUACAAACACAAGUUCAUCUACCGGAACCCGGAGCUGCCGGGGAUUAUCAGCGACUUCCUGGGGGCGGAGCUUCCCACGGAACCAUGACGACCAGCACGGCGACCACAUCACCCCCCCUCACCCGGACACUGGCUGCUCGGCACACAGGGUUACCGUGACGACCGUCUCCACGGCGACCGUCUCCACGGCGACCGUCUCCACGGCCACCGUCUCCACGGCGACAGUCUCCACCCCGACCGUCUCCACCCCGACCGUCUCCACGGCAACGGACUGUUUUUAUUUGUGCACGUAGGAAGUGCACGGCUACGUUUUUAUCUUUAUUUUAUCUGUAAACUUGAGUUUGUUCUGAAUGAUUGAAUGAUUAAAGAUCGGUUUUACGUA